AUGACAGGGGAGAACAAACCUCAACGAAACCACGAUAAGAAGGGAUUUUCAGUAGCUAGAAGAGCUGGAAAAGGUGCUUACACUGGAAAAGCGUCGAAGAUCAAAGAACAGCUUAUUCAAAAGGCAAAGGUUAAGAAAGAAUAUGCAAAUAUACUCAAGAAAGAAGGUAGAAAGGACGAGUCUCUACCAAGUAGACCUAGCAAGCCAAAGAUGAAAGUCGAAGAGAAGACUGAUAAGACGACUACAAAACCAAUUAAAGACGAUAAGCGGAAAGCACAAAAGCAAAAGUCAGAGCCAGAGCAAGAUCAAGAAUCUCAGAAAUCACAGCAACAACAACGGAAGAGAAAGAGAGAGCAAUACUCAAAGAACCAUCAACCGAAUAUGAAAGUACGGAUGGAGGAUAUGUUAGAGAAAGUGAAAAAGACUGUAAAGUAG